GCGAGCUCAGACGCUCCACGCACUUCUGCACUGGGAGAUAUUUCACUUGGGAAAUGUACUUUAUCUAACUUUAUUUCGGAGCUCUGUUAAACAAUCUUGGCACCGUUAACUCGAUCUCAAGUCACUCUCCUCACCGGCUUUUCCGUGGAGUUUCAGUAGCAGCGCUUGUGACCGCCCAGUCUGGACACCCAUGCCCGGUCCGGUCGCUAUGUCCCGCGGUGACGCCUCGGUGCAGAGUCGGCGGUUCAGCGAACUGUCCUGGGAGCAGGUGCGGCGUUUGGACUCCAUCCUCGGGGAGAGCGUGCCCAUUCACGGCCGAGGGAACUUCCCCACACUGUCCGUGCAGCCCAGACAAAUUGUGCAGGUGGUCAGGGCUCGGCUGGAGGAGCAGGGCGUGGUGGUGCGUGAUGUGAAGCUGAACGGUUCUGCAGCUAGUCACGUUCUCCAUGAGGACAAUGGGCUUGGAUACAAGGACCUGGACCUGAUCUUUGGCCUGAACCUCAGCGAUGACAAGACCUUUCGCCUGGUUAAGGACGUAGUGCUGGACUGCCUGGUGGACUUCCUGCCUGAUGGAGUAUGCAAGGAGCGCAUUUCCCCCCUCGCCCUGAAGGAGGCCUAUGUCCAGAAACUGGUCAAAGUGUGCAAUGACACUGACCGCUGGAGUCUCAUCUCUCUGUCUAAUAACACGGGCAAGAACGUGGAGCUCAAGUUUGUGGACACUCUUCGAAGGCAGUUUGAGUUCAGUGUGGAUUCCUUCCAGAUCACUCUGGACUCUCUGCUGCUGUUCGACCGCUGCUCGGACAGUGUCAUGUCUGAGACUUUCCACCCCACGGUGCAUGGGGAGAGCAUGUACGGAGACUUUGAGGAGGCCCUGAGCCACCUGCGCACCAGGACGAUAGCCACACACAGCCCAGAGGAGAUCAGGGGUGGCGGGCUGCUUAAGUACUGCCACCUGUUAGUGCGGGGCUUCCAGCCCUCGUCUGAGGCUCAGAUGAAACAAAUGCAGCGCUAUAUGUGCUCUCGAUUCUUCAUUGACUUUCCUGACAUCAGUGAGCAGCAGAGGAAAUUGGAGGGCUAUCUGCAGAACCACUUUGCAGGCAUGGAGCACAAGCGUUACCAGUACUUACUGACACUUAGACAGGUGGUGGACGAGAGCACUGUGUGUCUGAUGGGCCAUGAGCGCAGACAGACUCUGUCACUUAUCUCUGCUCUGGCCCUGCGCGUUAUGGCGGAACAGCAUGCCAUCCCAGCUGUGGCUAACAUCACCUGCUACUACCAGCCCGCUCCUUACGUUAGAGACGUCAAUUUCAGCAACUAUUAUGUGGCCCAGGUCCAUUCGCCCAUGGGUGCAUGCAGUAACUCUUAUCAGACAUGGCUGCCUUGCAGCUGAGCUAGAACGUUAAAGGACUUUAAAGGAUUUUUGUAUUAUUUGAUUCAGGCUGAGCAUUGUACUGAAGUGCCCUUGGUAUUUUUGUAGCAAAGUGGGCUUUGAUCUGAAGCCUGUGAACAAAAAAAGAAAAAAAAAAUCUCUUUUGCCAAAUGUUUUAUCAAAACCAUUCCACUAAGUUAUAUUGUUUAUUACUGCUGUAAAAAGAAAAAGAAAUACUCGAGCCAUUGGGUACAUUUUAUAUUUUCUAACAAGAACACCUAUGGUAACAUAUAAAGAGAUGUUGUAUGACUAAGGAGCUUUGCUGGUUCUGUUUCUGUGCAGUUGAAGCUGGGGGCAGGUCUAGAUGAAAUGUAAAUAGUUGGUAAGAACCCAGAAAGCUGUUUUUUGUUCCGACUGUGGUUUCAGCUGACGUGACCGGGAGAGAAAAGGACCAAAGAAAUACUUUCUUGUGCAGCAUAAAAGCAAAGACUGUAUGUGGUUCCAAGUGCCUAAAACUGACCAACAUCUACAACUUUAU